AUGACGCGAUUAAUAUUAAUUAAUAUUUUCUUAAUCAUAAAUUCAUUAAUAUGUUAUGCUGAAAAAAAAGAAAUCUCAUUUGAUGAUGUCAAAAAAUAUAUAGGUGACUCAAUUAUUUGUCCAUCAUAUUUAUUUCGUUGUGAUAUAAUACAAUGUUUACCUUACGCAUUCGUUUGUAACGGAGAAUAUAAUUGUCAAGAUAAAACAGAUGAAGCUAACUGUUCUACAGCAAUUAUUAAUCAUGAUCUUUGUAAUACUAAAAAUUCUAUUAAUUGUGAACAAGAUAUACUUCAUAGUACACGUCUUAUUGAUCAUGGUAUUCGAUUUGAAUAUACACAACCUAUACAAAUUUGUAUUAAACGGUCUUCCGUUUGUGAUGGUGUUAUUGAUUGUCGUAAUGCUAUUGAUGAACAAUGUACACAACGAAAUCCUUUAAUAAGUUGUUCUCGAAAUGAAUAUCAUUGUAAAGUAACAAAUCGUUGUAUACCAAAAACUUGGCUAUGUAAUGGAAUAAAUGAUUGUCUUGAUCCGUAUGCAUCUGAUGAGUUAGAUUGUCCAACAAUAACAAUUCAAUGUUCAUCCGAUGAAUUUACUUGUCAAUCAAAAAAUCAAUGUAUACCAUCGAAUGCUGUUUGUGAUGGAAUACAAGAUUGUGUUGAUAACAGUGAUGAAUCUUCAACAACAUGUCGUUUUCCUCGUUUUUGUACUCAUGAUCAAUUUGCAUGUAAAUCAACAAAAUUAUGUAUACCAAAAUCUAAUAUAUGUGAUACAAUAACACAAUGUCAUGAUCGUAGUGAUGAAAUGUCAUGUAGUUGUCCAAUUGAAGAUUAUGUUAGUCAAAAAUUAUUUUAUCGUUGUGGUUUAACAGAUAAAUGUUUACCAAAAAAUAUUGAAUGUUAUUUAAAACAUGAAUGUAAUUCAAUAUUAAUCGAUCAUAAUAAUGAUGAUAAUGAAUGUCCUUCACCAUCAUCAUUAAUUGAACGACCAUGUUCAAUUAAUAAUACAUGUUUAGAAGAAAAUCAAUAUUGUCGAGGUUAUUUUAAUAAACGUUGUGUUUGUCAAUCAGGUUAUCGAAUGAAUGAAACAACUGGUAUAUGUGAAGAUAUAAAUGAAUGUCGAGAAAGACUUGUUUGUGAUCAUUAUUGUAUAAAUACACUUGGAUCAUAUCGCUGUGCAUGUCAUGAAAAUUAUCAAUUAAAAUCUGAUAAACAUACAUGUACACUUCGAACAAAUAUAGUUACACCGGCAUUUUUAUUUGGUUUAUUUGAUAAUGGAAUACAUAAAUUAAAUAUGACAUAUGAAAAUGAAUUAGGAAAAAUUAAAGAAUGGUCAAAUAAUAAUAAUAAUAAAACAUUAAUAACAUUAACAAAUUAUGCUUAUCUAAUUGAUUAUGAUCCUAUAGAAAAUUAUAUAUAUUUUGUUGAAUGUUCAGUGCCUAUUCGACCUAUAAUUAUGUCUUGUCCAAAGACUCGCGGAAUUUUUCGAAUUAAUUUAAAUCAAUCAACACCUGAAAAAGAAUUAAUUAUUGAUGGCCGUGAUUAUACAUCAAUUCAAUCAUUAGCUGUUGAUUGGUUACAUAGAAAUAUUUAUUUUGUUAAUACACGUUUACAAACUAUUGAUGUUUGCCGUCUUAAUGGAAGUUUUUGUCGUAUUCUACUUCAUCAAACAAUCAGUGAUUAUUUACCACAACGUAUUGUUUUAUAUCCAGAAAAAGGUUUACUAUUCUAUACAGCUAUUGUUAAAUCACGUGCUCAUCAUAUUGUACGUAUUGGUAUGGAUGGUACAAAUUUAAAAUUACUAUUUACAUUAAAAACAACAAAUGAUAUUGAUAAUGUUAAUUAUCUUCGACCAUUAUUGACAUUUGAUCGACUAGCACAUCAUUUAUAUUUUUAUAAUGGUCUUGAUAAAGUAUUUACAUUAAAUAUGCAUGGUGAUAUUCUACAUAUACAAUAUCAAGCUAUACAUCGUUUUUAUUCAUUUAAAAUAUUUGCUGAUAAAAUGUACAAAACUUUCUUAGAUGUUGAUAACAUAAAUCGUAGUGAAUUUCGAAUAAAUCCAAAACAUGCUAUUGGUACAACAUUACUUGGUCCUGGUUUUAUUUUUGAUCUUAAUCGAGUUGUACAAACUUUUCAUAAUAAAUCAUCUCGUUUUGGACAAGGUACAUGGUCAUUAAAUUCUUUACAUAAUUUAUAUUAUCUUCGAUAUUCAAUUCAUAUGAAUGAUUUUAUUAUUAUUGAUUCAAAUGAAAAGAAAGUGGUAGAAAAUAAAUGUAUUCAAUGUGAACAAUUAUGUUUUCCAAAUUCAAUUAAUCAAACAGAAAUUACAUGUGGUUGUGCACAACAGUAUAAUUUAGCUAAUGAUGGUCGAUCAUGUAAACCUAAAUGUGCUGAACAUUUUUUUAAUUGUCAAAUAUCAAAAAAAUGCAUUCCGUUUUAUCAACGUUGUGAUGGAUAUAAAGAUUGUAUUUUUAAUGAAGAUGAAAAUAAUUGUCAAGCAUUAACAUGUCCUAAAUCAUCAUUUUCUUGUUCGACGAGUAAUAAAUGUAUAACAAAUGCUGAUUUAUGUAAUAAUAUAACGGAUUGUUUAAAUGGUGAAGAUGAACAUGAUAUUAUUUGUGGACAUUUUUGUGAAUGGCCUAGUUUAAGUACUUGUACGAAAAAAUAUCCAAAUUUAUGUUCGGAUAUAGAAUUUUAUUGUGAUGGAAAAUGUGUAUCGAUUAGUCAUCGUUGCGAUGAACAUCCUUAUUGUUAUGAUGGCGCUGAUGAACCAUUUGAUUGUGUAAAUGUCACAUGUCCUUAUGAAUAUUUCAAAUGUCCAUCAUCAGGAAAAUGUAUUCCAUUAGAAAAAGUUUGUGAUAAUUUUGAUGAUUGUCCAGCAAUAGAUCGAACAAAUGGUAUUAGUGAAGAUGAAACAUCACAAGCAUGCAAUUUUGUACUAAAUCAUUUCAAUAAUAUAACAACAACAACAGCAAUAUCGCCAACAACAGAAAUUCAUAUAACUUGUGAAUCAUCUGAUUUAUUUCGAUGUAAAACAAGUAAUUUUUGUAUUAAUCGAACAUUUGUUUGCGAUGGUGAUCUUGAUUGUUCGGAUUCAUCUGAUGAAGAAAAUUGUGAUGAGAAAAAUAGUAUUACACCAUUAUCAAUAAUUAAAGAUUAUACAUGUAUGAAUGGAUAUCGUUGUGCACAACAACGACAUGAACUAUAUGAUUAUAUACCAUUGUGUAUACCAUUAAAUGAAUUAUGUGAUGGUACAUCACAAUGUCCAUUAGGAGAUGAUGAAAGUAAAUGGCAUUGCCAGAAUUGUACAAAUUGUGAUCCAACAUCGAGUUUUUGUGAAAUGAUUAAUCGUUCACCUAUUUGUCAAUGUAAAAAUGGUUAUGUAAAAAUAGAAAAUGGAAGUUGUAUAUUAGAAAAUAAUCUAUGUAAUUGGUCCUAUGGCACAUGUGCACAUGCAAAUAUGUCACAGAAAAAUGAUGAUCUAGAUCUAUGUUUAAAGAAAAAAUCUACAGCACAGAUAUCCGAUUGUCAAUGUGAUCGAGGAUAUGAAAUGCAAAAAAAUGCAAAUAAUUAUAUAUCAUGUUUGAUUAAGAGUAAUCGAACAAUUGAUAUGAUGCUAAAUCGUCGUGUAUCAUUUAAUCUCAAUCAACAUGGUUCAGUAUUUGCUCCUGUUAAUCCUUCACAUCAUGUUAUUGAUGCGAUAUUAAUACCAGCUGAUGAUGGUUGGUAUUUAUUGUAUACAGAACAACGUAAUGGACGUGGUUAUAUAUGGCGACAAAAAUUAAAUCAUAUUCUUUAUUCGAAUAAUCGUUUACAAAAUAAUGCUACACAGAUUUGGUCAUCAUCGUUUUUUUAUUUUACUUCAUUGGAAGUUGAUUGGAUUCAUCGUAUAGUCUAUGCACUCUAUGAUGAUCUAUCAUCAUCAUCUUCAUCAUCAUUAAAUGGCAUUGAAAUCUUACAUGCUAAUAAUGAUUAUACUCAAUUAAUAUUUGUUAAUCGUUUAACAUUUUCGAAUAUGAAAACAAUUUCAUCUGUUAAUGUACAUCCAUUACAAGGUUAUCUUUAUAUUAGUGCUUAUUAUGAUUCUCAACAUUCUCUUAUUUAUCGAAGUUUACUUGAUGGAUCAAAUCUUGAAACAUUUAUUACUCUUUAUCAACCAGUAUUAAGUAUGACAAUUGAUUAUCGUCAUCCACGUUUAUAUGUUAUAUUAUCAAGUGGUGAAAUUGAAAGUUAUGCUAUUGAUUCAAGUCAACCAUGGAAAACAAAUGUUUAUAAUUUUAAAAAUGUACGACCUUAUUCAAUUGAUCUUCAUGAUGAUACACUUGUUGUUAUGAUAUUUAAUUCAAGUGAUUCAACAUAUGAUGAAAUGUGGGUAGAAAAAUUUGGUAAAAUCGUAACGGAUCAAUAUCGAAAAUUUAAUAUGCCAAUGAUUGUUCGAUAUAUACAUGAAUUCAAAUAUCCUAGAGUAGAUACAUCAAAUAUGGUUAAGCAAGUUUGUUCCGAUUACUCCUGUAUAGAUGGUCGUGUAUGUAUAUCAACUCCUUCUUAUCAACCGCUUUGUAUUGUUCCUGGACAAUUAAAUUUAUGUGGUUCAUCUUGUCAUACUCGUGGUAUAUGUUCUAAUGGUCAAUGUGUAUGUUCAAAUCGAACAUAUACUGGUGAUGAUUGUGAAAUGUGUCGAUUAACGAACUUAAUAAAUGUUGGUUGUUUGCAUAUUGGUAAUGAUUCUCAACCACCAUGUAUGUGUUAUUUAUCAGAAUCAAUUCGACGAAAAACACCAUAUUUAUGUACAAUACUUAAAAAUGAUCUUGGUGAAUUAGAAGUUCCAUGUGAUCGUGUUAUAUCACCAUUAGAACGUAAUCAAUGCUCUCGAAUAUCAUUUCAUGAACCAUCAUGUGAUGAAACAACUCAUUCAUUAAUAUAUCAUAUUCAAACACAAACAUGUAUUUGUAGAGAAAUCAAUAAUAAAACAUAUCAGUGUUAUAAUAAUGGCCUUGUAAUUAUUAAUGAUUAUGAUAAUUUAACAAUAUGUUCAUGUUCGCUGCCAUUUACUGGCAAUCAGUGUCAGAUAAAUUUAUGUCAAAAUCAUUGUCAAAAUAAUGGUCAAUGUACAUUGAACGGAAGUAAUAUUAUUUGCAAUUGUCCAAAUGGUUUUAAUGGUAAACAAUGUCAAAAUAAUAUGUGUCAAAUGAUGAAUUGUAAAAAUAAUGGACAAUGUUUUAUAGAAAAUAAUAAAGCUCUUUGUCGUUGUCUUAAUGGUUUUACUGGUGAAUAUUGUCAUAUACGAAUACGAUUAGAAUGGCGUAAAUGGAUAAUGAUAAUAUUUGUGUGUGGAAUUUUAGUUUUUCUUAUUUAUGGUUUUAUUCGAUAUAAUUCAAAAAUAAUACGUUUAAAACAUUUAUUUUCACAUCAUCGUCUUCAUGAACAAAUUGGUUUAGAAAUUAAUCCAACAAAUGCUGUUUAUCAUCAUUUACCAACACAAGAAAAUAAUCAUCAUGAUCGAUUAUUAGAAGAUGUUUUAUCAGAUGAAAUUGAAAUAUCUAUACCAACAGUAGUUAUGAAUAAUUCAAAUAAUAAAACAGAUGAAUUUCUUGAUGAUCCAUUUUAUGUUGAUGAAAAACAACCAAUAUUUAAUGGAGAUCGAAUAACUAGUCGAUCAGCCAAUACAGGAAUUUUAUAA